AUGGACCAGUAUUUACUCCCCUUCACAGAAGAAUCCCAAAGCUGUUUGGGCAUCAAUCUCGCUUGGGCCGAGCUGUACCUUGCCACGGCGAUGGUAUUUCGCCCCGGUGGUCCUAAGCUGUCACUUUAUGAUAUGAACGAGUCGGAUAUUGAGUUUGCUCGGGACUUCCUGACGGGCUUUCCGAAACAUGACAGUAGGGGAAUCAGGGUUAUGGUCAACUGA